AUGUCUGGCAUCUCUUCACAAAAUUCGGAAGCGGACUCUGAGGUCCCUCAAGCACCAUGGGACGUUGUGAGAUGGACCAAACUGCGGAAGAUCACUGGACAGGCAUUCUCAGAAGCAGGCAAACGCAAUUUUGGUCGGCCUACGUGUAUUGCUGUCUCGGCUUUGAUUGCCAUCGGCACUUCGAAGGGACUCGUAUUGGGCUUUGAUUAUCACCAGACAUUGAAGAUCAUCAUCGGACAAGGCACUAAAGCAACCGAGUGUGGCUCAGUCACAGCCCUAGCCAUCGCAGCGGACUACUCGACCAUAGCCAGUGGUCAUGCCAAUGGUAGUAUCUUUACGUGGGAGAUCAACAGGCCCGCGAGACCGUUUUUGUCCAUCUCGCCGCUGGAUCAAAGCGUCCUCCAGGAUUCCAAACAUUCGGACGGGCACAUGAGUAGCUGUGCAGUCCUACAUGUUGGCUUCCUCGGCACUAGACACACCGCUUUAGUAUCGGCAGAUGCAGGAGGAAUGGCUUUCUCUCAUCUUGCGACUCGAGGUCUCGGUCCGGUCGUCAGGACUGUGAAGACGACUCGUCUGCUCGGACGCUAUCCGCCUGCCGAGCCCCAGGUUGAGCGAAGCAAGAAGCUCAGCUCUGUCUUAGCCUUCUCCCCAUUGCCUCUCGGAAACGUUGAGCAAGCAACCGACAAAAUGGGUCUGACAGCACUUCUCACGCCAUACUUGUUGGUCAUCGUUUCAACUACGCCGAUCGCACGUACGCAAUUCAAGGCGCCACGACCCAAAGAGCUUUCGCCUCAUAGCACGCUGAGUGGAUGCCUUGCCUGGUUUCCAGCUGUGAGACUUAAGAGUCCGCGCCCAGACUCGGACAAGGCUACUUCGGACACGAAGCUUGUGUAUUGUUGGUCGAACGUCCUGACUGUUCUGGACGUGAAGAUCAUUGAAAAUGAGGCGUCGACAGAUCCACAAAAGCCGCCUGCGCUGGAGUUCAGUCCCAGGAGUCGUUGGCGCGCGGAUGAAGCGAUAGUCGCUGUUCAGUGGCUUGGACGGUCCGUGUUGGGUGUUCUGACUAUCAGUCAACGCCUUCUCAUUGUCGAGGACGGAAAGUUGCGAGUAACGGACUCGAUCGACCUGCUUCAUCGUCACAUUUACCAUCAGGAUCCUUUCUCUCACCAGCUACACGCUGUCGUGGAGCAGCUCAACUCCGACGACCCCUCUCUUCACGGUGUCGUUGCAGAUGCAUUCUACAUGAGUUUCCGAGUCUACAAAGGGCGAGUAUUUCUCCUCGGUUUCAACGAUCUGACAGUCGGCACACUGUCAAACUGGGCAGAUCGCCUGCUGGCAUUGAUGGAGGCAGGCGAUCACAUCGCAGCAAUUCGACUCGCAACAGAAUACUAUUCCGGUGCUGCCAAUAACAUCACAAUUGGGUUACCUGAGGUUGACUCAACUCGACAUGAAAUGGUCAGAGAAAGGAUCAUGGGAAUGACAUCUGCCUCAUUGAACUACACAUUCUCACAGCAGGACAGUGCGAGAUCGACCAGAUUGCGAGAGCUGGCUGAAGCCUGCUUCGAGGCUUGCAUCACUAUGAAGGAGCACGACUACCUCUUUGCCGAUGUCUUUGAUUGUUUUCAAGAAGCUGACGAGGAGGCUGUAUUCAUCUCGGUCCUCGAGCCAUACAUACUUGACGGCGAAGUCAACACGCUUGCGCCCGAGGUCGUCCAAGCCAUGGUCUCGCACUUCAUCAGCGAGAACCAAGCCGCUCGGCUGGAGGAGCUUCUGUGUCGAUUGGAGCCGCAUUCUUUCGAUCUAGACCAGGUCACCAUGCUCUGCCGGCAGCAUAGCCUUUACGACGCGCUCAUAUACAUUUGGACGCAGGCGAUUGGCGAUUAUGUGACGCCCCUUGUCGACAUUCUAGCAUUGGUGAAGAUGUUGCUAGAUGGCGAGGCGGCUGAUGAACUUCCAAACAAUCCCUUCUACGACUCGGCUUCCAAAGUAUUUCCGUUCCUGGCCUACUCCUUGACAGGCCGUCGCUACCCCAAGGAUGAGCUUGCGACUGAAAGCGAAGCAUAUAGUGCGAGGAGCGACCUCUACGAAUACCUCUUCGCAGGCACAGUCACGGCGUGGCCACCGGGCAGUGACAAGAUCUUCCAUACAGCUACUACUGCCGGAGAAGAGCCAGCGUUCCCUUACCUUGACCUUUUGCUUCAAUUCGACGUCGCGAGCUUCAUGAGUAUGCUGAACGAGGCUUUCGAGGACUCUUUCCUGAACGAGUUCGAGGAUGACUACACCACAAACGGUACACACCUGGUCGACGGAGCUUCAAAUCGACAAAGUCCGAAGAAAAGUCGACAGCAAAUCAUCGAGAUCAUGCUGGACGUUAUGCGCCAAGGGAACUUCGUGCCAGAACAGGUCAUUUACUUGGACAUGUUUGUUGCUCGGAGCGUUCCAAAGUAUCCCGGACAGCUCAUACUGUCUGGGUCUCUUUUGAACGGCGUCCUGCAACAUCUGUGCCGACCACCUCUGGACUCUUUGAGAGACGACUGUCAGCUCAGCGUGGAAUAUCUACUCUCAGCAUAUCACCCGACGGAUGUUGCUGCACUAAUCGAGGCACUGAGACAAGCGCGCUUCCUUCGGGUACUGAAAUCUGUCUAUCGCGGCGAACGCAUGUUCACAAAGCUUCUGGAAGCCUACUUUGAGGAUCCAGAAGACAAGCAGAGCGUAUUCGACUGCAUCACGUCGUGCUUGCGGGCGACGACUAGACUGACUCAAAAGGAUGUGGCAUCCGUCAAGCUUGUCAUCUCUGCACAUGCCCAGGACCUAGUCGAUAUAAGCCCUGUGCAGACUUCACGAACGCUGGCAACAUGUGCGUCCGAACUACUGCAACCCAGCGUCGACGCUCUAGAAGAUUCUCAUCAGCAAUUUCUGUUCUUGCGAGCGCUUCUAGAGCCCGGGCUUCUGCGGGACUCGACGAUCUCGUCCAUGCCCAUGACGCCAGAACAGAGCUCUCGAUUCGUUGAGCAGUACGUGCAGCUCAUGUGUAGGCAUGAUCCGGGCCACGUUGCCGAUUAUGUCAAGAUGCUACCGUCCGGUGACUUGCGGCUUGAAAAGGUGUUGCCAGCUAUGGAGUCCAGCGGCGUCAUCGAUGCGGCUGUAGCGCUACUCGCUCGAGAUGGCCUCGCACGAGACGCAAUGGACCGGCUUGUAGCCCACGUUCAGAGUAUACAGCACGCUUUGACGAGCCUGGUCACUGCUGCCGCGUCAAGUCCAGAUGUGGUUGCCUCGCAAGAGACUUCGGAUGAUCUCACAGAGGAACUUGAAAAGUACAAUAAGGUCGGGAUGUGGCUUUGUCAACGUCAAAGUACAAUCGUGGCACGCAAACCUCGCCCACGGACGAAUUUCGCGUGGGAGGUUAAUGAAGACGAUCUCGACUUGGACGAGUACCUCUGGUUGAAUCUGAUUGAUGUUGUGGUACAGGCAUCUCAAGAAAUUGCUCUCGCGCUUCGCUCAAACGUCCAGCAAGUUUUUACAGCGCUGCUCGCAACGACUUCGACGCCCAGCCUCGAUCCGAAGGCAAGGCGCGAGCCCCGUACAGUAGAGCCGGCCGAUCACCUCAGCUUUCUACGCAUCCUCCGAGCUUUCCUGACAAGAGCCGCCAAGACCGCACCGUCUUUGGCCGACCUACGCGCGGUUCUAUCGGACGUCUUCUCAGCCUACACGUUCGAGCAAGGAAUUCUUUCCCUUGCCAACGAGCUGCUCGGAUCAGAUGUCUUCGCGGACAUCAAACAGGCGAACGCGCUUCGCCAACGCGGCUGGCGCCCGCGCACUCAAGUCUGCGAACGAUGCAAGCUUCGGGCGUGGGGACCUGCAACGGGUGAGAUUGUGUUCGACGAGUGGCUUUCGCGAGAGCAGGGAAGGGAAGCGGACAAGGCGCGGAAGAUACUGGAGAGAAGUGGUGGAGCGGAGGCUAGACGAUUAUCCAGGGGUAAAGCCAAGGCAAAUGCAUCGGAGAGAAGCGCUGGUGACGAGGAGGACACGAAGCGUCUGGCACUGGUGGUGUUUGCGUGCCGACACGUGUUCCACAGGGUGUGCAUAGACGAACAGUACCGCGAAGGAACACCGCUGCGGCCAGAAGCGUAUAGAUGUCUGAUAUGUACAGAGCAGAAGUAGUCAGGGAGCGCAGCAGAGGUCCAGCGAGAGUAAACUCCUGCUGGAACUUCACGAUUUGAGCCGACCUUGAAAAA